ACAAUGAAGAUUCAAUUUCAAUUGAUCUUGAAUUGGGAAAACAAUAUUCACAAGCUAAAGGAUUUAGUUUCUUUGGUGUUUAUGAUAGAAAGAAAGUUUCAGAAAUGUGUUCUAAAAAAUUGCCACAUUAUGUUGCUAAAAAUCUGGACUUUCGUGACCAAACUAAAGUCAAACAAACUAAAGUCAAAAGUGCCAUCAAAAAAGGGUUUGAACAAACUAAGCAAUAUCUGAAAUCAGUACCAUUUUCGAAAGAUGGGGUCUACAGCAGUGAUGAUAGUGAUGACACUAUUAAAAGAUUUAAUUGUUAUUCUUCAGCUUUUAUAUCAAGUAAUGGACUUUCUGCUAAAAUUACAAAGGAACAUGAUUUGCAUAAUAGAUUAGACAAUAUAUCUGGUCGUGGAAUACAAUAUACUCGAUCUUUUGGUGAUUUUUAUAUUAAAGAUAAAGCUAAGAAUACUGAACCAGAAUUUAUCAAUGAAAUUUAUAAUGCUAAAAAUUUAGACUUACUUGUUCUUUGUUCUGAUGGUAUUAUGAAUCAGCUUAGAAACUAUAAGAGAAUGCCAACAGAAGUUUUAUUAAGCUACAUGAUGCAGUAUAAAAACAAAAUAUUUAAAUUAUUAUUAGAAUCAGCUUGCAAAGACUUGAUCAAAUUGUGUGAUUCAAUUUCUCAAUCUGAAUAUUGUACUGAUGAUAUAUCGAUUAUUAUAAUAUUAUUUAUAAAUGGUAGAUCUUUUAAGAAGUGGCAUGAAGAUACAACAAAAAAUGCAGAAAACUCGAAAGUUUGGAUGAAUUUGAAAACUACAGAUGAUGAAGAUUUAUCCGAUAUUUCUGAACAAGAUUUAGUGAAACCAGUAAAAAAUAGUUUCUUUGAGAUUUAUGAUGCUAAUGAGGAUGCUGAAGCAUUUUAUAAUAUAACUGUUCCCUGA